AUGAAGGAGAUCAGUGAGGUACCGAGGAGCGAGGUUGUGAAUGGCCUUGAAGGUCAGGAGCAGAUUGUUGAAAUCAAUGUGACAUACAACACUAAUGCACAGGUGCCAGACAGCGCUGGCACAGCCACAGCUUACCUCUGCGGGGUCAAGGCCAAUGAGGGCACGGUGGGAGUGAGUGCAGCUGCUGUUCGAUCCCAGUGCAACACUACGGAGGGCAAUGAGGUCACCUCCAUCCUCAGAUGGGCUAAGGAUGCAGGCAAGUCAGUGGGAAUAGUGACAACAACCCGUGUCAACCAUGCAACUCCCAGUGCUGCUUAUGCCCACAGUGUGGACAGAGAAUGGUACUCCGACAAUGAGAUGCCAGCUGAAGCACUGCAGGCUGGCUGCAAGGAUAUUGCCAGACAACUCUUUGAAAACAUUCACAACAUUGAUGUGAUUAUGGGUGGAGGGAGGAAGUAUAUGUUCCCCAAAAACAUGUCGGAUGUAGAGUACCCUGGCAUUGCGAAGCACAGCGGCACACGAAAAGAUGGAAGAAACCUGGUGCAGGAGUGGAUUGACAGAAUGAAGGAUAAAAAAGGUUAUUAUGUAUGGAAUAAGAAACAGCUCUUAUCACUGAACCCUAACAACGUCGAUUACUUACUGGGUCUCUUUGAACCUGCAGAUCUGACAUAUGACUUGGAGAGGGACUCCGAGACUGAUCCUUCACUGACAGAAAUGGUGGAGGUGGCAAUCAAGAUCCUGAGGAAGAACCCCAGUGGAUUUUACCUGCUUGUAGAAGGAGGACGUAUUGACCAUGGCCACCAUGAGGGCAAGGCAAAGCAGGCUCUGCAUGAAGCUGUGGAGAUGGACAGAGCAAUCGGCCGGGCAGAUCUCAUGACCAGCAUCCAUGACACACUGACUAUAGUUACUGCUGACCACUCUCAUAUGUUCAACUUUGGAGGCUACACAGCCAGAGGAAACACAAUCUUUGGUCUAGCCCCAAUGUUGAGUGAUAUUGACCACAAGCCCUUCACCGCCAUCUUAUAUGGGAAUGGACCAGGUUAUAAAAUUGUUAAUGGUGGGAGGCAGAAUGUCUCCACUAUUAACUACCAGGAAAACAACUACCAAGCUCAGGCAGCGGUACCUCUGAACUCGGAGACUCAUGGAGGAGAGGAUGUGGCUGUGUUUGCCAAAGGUCCCCUCGCUCACCUGCUACACGGGGUCCAUGAGCAGAACUACAUUCCCCACGUAAUGGCUUAUGCAGCCUGUAUCGGUCAGAACAGGGAACACUGUAUGACACACAGUGGGACUGCCGGAUUACGCCCCCUCCUCUCUAGCAUUGCGGCCGUUCUCACAGUCACACAACUUCUGUGCUGACCUUCCUCUGACUGUUCUCAUCCUGUUGGUAACCUUGUUUUAACCAGUCAGACAUUUUAAGAUUUCAAUGUUGGUUUUUUUUGUUAUUUUUUUACAAUUUCUAUAUCUUUUACUCUUCACUAUUUUGAUCAUUGGACCACGGUUAAGCUGCUUGCACACUGCUCAGACUGCGCCCAACUAACACCAACACUCUAAAGUUGGCAGCAGUUGGUUUCAGUCUUUAGAAUGUUCAGAAAACCAACCGUCAGUCACACUGACCAGACAGCAACUGACGAGACAGACCUAUGAAAAACUGCUUGCCCUUUAAAGGUAUUUCAACAGGUUGAAAGGACUUGGUGAGAUAUAAUCAGCCAUAACUCAUAUACAACGCUCCUAACUGAAAUUAGUUCAUUUUGAGAACCGUUGAGCCACAAGUAGUGAGGUGGAAUCAGGUUUUUGCAAAACUGCAUAGGCUAUAUGGGCUGUAUUGGCUAUUUAAAUGUGUUUCAACUAGUAAUGAGGACUAAUUGAGCUAUAAUUUGUCUUUAUGGCAAGUGCAAUAGGCUACUACAAAACUCCAUAUUUCAACUGUUUGUAAAAGGACUGGACUAUUUGGCACAAAUAAUGUCAUAAGGAUAAUUGCAAGAGAGACACUUCUUUUAUUUUAAUUAUAGCCUAAUCCAGCCGUGAAUCAUGUUAAUUAAAGACUACAGUCUGUUUUCCAAAUAUUAACAAGUAUAUUAAAAAUAGGCCUACCAAACACAAAUUUCAUCUGCAACAAUAGGCUAAUUUUAUUUCUUAUAAUAACGUUUUGUCAGGCCUAAUAAACUGCAAACACUGCAACUGUGAUUAAUCCGUUACAAGAAACACUAACAUUUCACAAAGACAUAGAGUGAUGUUUAUUUGCACGUUAUGACUGUUAGAGAUAAAAGCAGCUGUAGAUGUAGGCUAUAGAUACUGGGCGUUACUGCUUUAUUGCGCGCGCUCCCGCGGAGGGCAAUGAGUUUGAUGAUCAAUUUUCGGCACAACACCUGCCGCUUCCUUCAGCGCAUGUUCUGAUUCAGAUUGUGCACAAAGAGGAGAGGCUGUUCACAGACGGGUCCGCUGUCAAUGAGAGAGAGAGGAGCGAGUAAUGGACACCUUGCUAACCUACAGUGACAACAAAGAAAGUUGUGCGCGCUGACGUUCCACAUGCAAGUAUAGGCUUAGUUCUCAAGGGAACACUCUCAGAUUGUUGCGGUUUGUGCAAAACGGGGCACAUUGGUCCGACUUUCUACCACUCCACCUGACCCGACUAGACAUGUCAAACUCUAAAGACUCCAUCCAACUGACACCUACGAACACCGACUGAUGGCGCACACUGAUCCAACAGUCGGUGUUGGUUCGAGUCAGUCGGCAUUUGUCAGGGCAGUGUGCAAUCACCUUUAGGGCACUUGUGUUAUGAUAAUGAAUUGACAGAAGUAGAAGGAUAUCAAUUUUACUCUAUUCAGACAAUUAGGUAAAACAUUACAAAAUAAUCACCCCUGAUACACUGAAAUGAAAAGUGGUGCUGCAGAGAUCACCACAAAAUCAGAGAUCUUAGUUGUCAGUGUUUUAUUAAGGGUUUUAGGACGUGUAAAGCCUCAUUGUUUAGUGUAAACCCAUUAGGUUUGAAUAGAUAGAUUGGAUUUACAAAUGUUGGAAUAUGUUUCAUAUCUUAAAUGUGCAGAAUCUACCUCAAAAGAUUGCAAAAGAUUUCUCAUGUAAUUAUGGUGUGUUCAGAAGGGCACCUUUUUUUGACAAAUUGUAUGCCGAAAUCAGAGGCAACUGAAUGUCCAAUUGAUAAAAGAUUAAAAGAUGUACUUCUUGUCAUACACCUUGUGCACUACAUGAAAAAAGCACUGAAUAAGCCCACCUCCCAUUGUUGUGUCCAAUAACAGAAGUUGUAAAACCUCUUAAUAAAAUUAAUGUGGCUGUUUUCUGAUAA